CUAAAAGCUUCGAACUUUUGUCUGCGGUACAACCAAAUUUGCAGAAACAAGUUCGAGACUCGACUCGCGCGACUCGGGGAGACUUAGCUCGUUUAUCCUAGACUCUUUAGUCCUGAGGCUGAUUGGUAGAAAAAAGUCGCAAAGCUUGGAUUGAGAAUCAUGGAAGCGAAGAAAGUGACAGAAGAGGAAGAAGAGUCAUGGAGGAGAGAGAUAGUAACAAGCGUUAUGAGAUUAGUGAGCACGAGAUUGCCUCAGACAGAUCUAAUUUCUCUACUUCUCGUUAGCCCUUGGCUUUAUCGCACUCUCAUCUCCUACCCUUCAAUCUGGCUGAACAUCGAUUUGCGCGAGAUGACCAAUGCAGGGGAUCGGCUUUUAGCUGCUCUGUCCUUGCCAAGAUAUAGACAAGUGAAGCAUAUCAAUCUUGAAUUUGCCCAGGGUGUUGUGGACAGUCAUCUCAAACUUGUGAAAGCCGAGUACCCGGAUGCUCUUUUAAGUUUAGAAUGCUUGAAUCUGAAUGGGUGCCAAAAGAUAUCAGACAAUGGAAUCGAAGCUAUAACUAGCAUAUGUCCAAAGUUAAAAGUUUUUUCUAUCUACUGGAACGUAAGGGUGACUGAUGCUGGUAUUAGACAUUUAGUGAAAAAUUGCAGACAUAUCAUUGAUUUGAACUUAAGUGGCUGCAAGAGUCUAACGGACAAAAGUAUGCAGCUAGUAGCUGAAAGUUAUCAAGACUUAGAGUCACUGGAUAUCACUAGGUGUGUUAAGAUUACAGAUGAUGGAUUACUUCAAGUGCUACAAAAAUGUUCCUCUCUCCAGACCUUAAAUCUCUAUGCUCUUUCAGGCUUCACAGACAAAGCCUACAAGAAGAUAUCACUUUUACCUGACCUAAGGUUCUUAGAUCUAUGUGGCGCUCAGAAUUUAUCCGACGAGGGGCUUGGUCAUAUAGCUAAAUGCAAUAAACUGGAGUCUCUCAACUUGACAUGGUGUGUGCGUAUCACAGAUGCAGGUGUGAUAACCAUUGCUAAUAGUUGUACCUCCCUCGAAUUUCUCAGCUUGUUUGGAAUAGUUGGGGUGACUGAUAGAUGUCUGGAGACCCUCUCGCAGACAUGCUCUACUUCACUCACCACUCUUGACGUCAAUGGCUGCAUCGGCAUCAAGAGACGAAGCCGUGAAGAGUUGCUUCAGAUGUUCCCUCGUCUGACAUGCUUCAAAGUACACAGCUAAAAUUUGCUCAUAAUUAGAGGAGGACUCUCAACAAAUGUCUAUUCUUCAGUUAUACAACUUACAAUCACAUUUUUGUUAUGUAUUUUAUAUGAGUUUGCAAGCCUAAUAGAAAAGGAGUUAUUUUUUGAGCAA